AUGUUCGUGGCGACCGCGGCGAAGGCGUGCGAAAUAUCCGCUGGGGGGGGGAGAAACAAUGGCUUGGGCAAUGGGUUAAGCGCUGGAGCUUGAUGCGCCGGCAAAUAUAGGGGUUCGAGUGUUAUUGUGUUGCUAUUGGAUUGUGUUGGUUGGGUUGGAUUUUGGUCUUGGUGUUGAAUUGAUUUCUAGCAUUUGGGUUGUGAACGUUGUUUUGGCAUUGGAUUUGAUUUGUUUUUGGUGUUUCGUCGGGAUUUAUUUGUAGCAGGUUUGUUUUUCUUGAGUUUCGACUGGAUGAAUUUUGAAUGUUGUUCUUUUGUUCUAUGGUUCUGACUCCAACCCAAAUCAGGGGGGCGGAUCUCCCAGAGCAGGGGGGCACGUUGUUCUUUCGGAAGGAACUCACUGCUGUAGCUGGUGCCAAGUUACUAGGGAGAAACAGUAAGGAAAAUACUCGCUCGCGUAUGUUCUGCUCAAAUGAUCUCAACGCUGAACGAAUGUUUGGGGAUGGAUGUUAUUUGAUCGGAAGUGUAGAGUAGAGGAUUGGUACCAUGCCCAGAAGCGUUUUAUCUGCGAAGUGGGCAUGAAACGUAUACUUUGGUUUGUGUCCGAAAGUUUGCGUAUUUUUGGUAGGAUUCGUAGUCGGAUGAACGUAGUCGGAUGCACAACAGAGGAGGCGAUUUUCUACGAAUUGAUGCGUGUUUUGGAAAGAAAAUGAAGAGGAGUUCCACAGACAGGUUUGACUCGAUGGAUUGUUUAAGGCUUUCAGUUGUGCGAGGGACAUAAGUACGUUGCGGGUGUCUUUGGGGCUAAGUGCUGAGGAAGGAUGGACCAGCAAAAGAGCGUUUUGCAGAGAAGAAUGAAGGCGAUGGGACAAGACGUUAUGGGUUCAGGAACUUUUGCAUAAUCGACUUCUUGUUUUUGUCAUGGAGGAGUGGGAUCCACGUUU